CCCGGACUGGAAGUAGAUCUACUCGUAGUCUCGAGGCGACGUCGAUGUCCUUGCUGGACUCGAACAAUUAUUGAUCUUGGCUUGGUGACCAGUUCUUUACUGCUUGAUCUGAUAACUUUGGACUUGAGAAUCGAGUGGAAAAUGGGCGACGUGGACCAGAUUAUAUCGGGAUGGCUGCACAAGAGAGGUGGCGUCGAUGCUUCCAAGGCUUGGCGGAGGAGAUGGUGUGUGCUGGGUCAUCAGGCGCUGCACUACUACAAGGCUGAGCAGGACAAAGAGCCUACCGGGAGUGUGUAUGCUGAAGAUAUGGUCGGUGUAUCGCAGAAUGCUGAUGAAUCCUCCAAGGAUCCCAAGUAUGCCUUUGUGUUUGAAAUCAACACUGGUGACCGGACAUUCGUGUUCUGUGCUAAUAGUCAAGAAGAGCAGGAUGAAUGGAUGGCGAAUCUAAGACGGAUGCUGUCUCGGGACGAUCGUAUAUCUGAUCAAGAUGGCUUCCAUGGCCAGUUGUUGGAAUAUACCACGGUGGAGGUGUUCCAUGAUAAAGGAAUACGCGUCAAUGGUCCACUGUCGCAGGACUCGCUGACACAGCUCGGACAAGGUGCCACAUCGAAGCAGAAGAGAAUGGAUGAACGAGGCUGGUACGUUGAGAUAUUUGUAUCUAUGCAUCGGGUGAUUGAGGUAAUCAGCGGCCAUGGCUGGCGGUUAGACCAAGUCUACCAGACGCAUGGACUCCUGCCGGGCACGGGACCGUCUGCAUGCAACAUGCUUAUCUUUAGUCGACCAAUGUCCUACGCAUUGGGCGGGCGGCCAAUCAUGCAGUUCAUGGACAGUGGUGGCGACGAGGAGAGUUUGCUGGCUCGCGGGUACUCACCCGCCGCCACGACUAGUACAGGCCGUCGGAACACCGGCGAGGUCACCAUUGGACCCGAUGGAGCAAUCGUGCGGGAGAAGAUAAUCACACAGCCGGUAAUAGACGAGGAAUGAGAAUGCCGGUUCGCCCCGUUCCUUUGCCAACAUCCUUGAGUACCAUCAGCCUUCCAAGCUAAUCGAGUUGUUCUCGUCCUUGGCACUCUGAUCUGCUAAGUUGCUCGUGCAUUGCCUACAGAAGUUAGACUACGGCACACGUACACAGCUGACAGCAAUGAUGUUGGUGCACCAGCAGAAAUGAUUAAAUCACCGUGCAGGCAAGAAUGACAGAUUUCGCCAGCUUGAAAUUCGUAUAUCACCUCACCUUCUGAUGACUGUGUACACAAUAUAAUACUAUGGUCUCGCGUCACUGCAUGCUAUGGCAGAAUCGAGUCAGGCAAAUUGUGUCUUCUGGUGACAUUACUCAUCAACCCCCGAUAAUGACAACGAUUUCAAAACCUGUAGAACUGAUACUGUGACUGAUGACAUCGUAGCAUAGCAAUGCUUGCUACGAGCUUGCACAUUCAUCUGAAAGUCCCGUCCCAUAAUGAUCAUGCUCAGCUUGCCCUGGGAGAAGCAAAUUCAAUUUAUCUGACCCACUGGAGAAACGGUUACUGUACAUGACCAAUCAUUGUUCCCAUAACUACGUCAGACAUUAACAUUUCCAGGCUAUAAUAUUAUAUGCGGUAGUAUUUGUUUUUGAAUUUUAAAUGAAUUUUUUUUACUUUUAAGUUAAACCCUUCUUCUAUCCGCUUUCAUAAAAUCCAUAUCUGUGAGGACUA